AUGACAGCAGUCCCUGGCGCAGGCGCCCCUUCUGCCAUGACUGCUGUAGCGGCUCCUCCUGGUGCAGCCUCGACCAUGACAGCCAUGAGACCGGCUUCAACAAUGACCGCCUUGGGAGGUGUACCUGCAGGAGCUUCAACAAUGACCGCUGUCCCCGGUGCCGGCGCUCCUUCUGCCAUGACUGCUGUUGCGGCCCCUCCUGGUGCAGCGUCAACUAUGACGGCAAUGAAGCCUGCAUCAACAAUGACCGCCCUGGGAGGAGCACCUGCGGGAGGACCUUCUGCUAUGACCGCUGUGGGAGCUGCUGGUGGAGCAUCUGCAAUGGCUCCAGCCGGUGGAGCUCAGCCACCAGGUGCCUCUGUCUACAUGGGAGCUGCAGGUUCAGCUGCUCCAGCAGCUCAAUCAGCCUACUUUUCUGCCCCCGGUGGUGGGGGUGGUGGUGGUGUCAAAUCGGUGGCAAUUGGAGGUGCAGGUGGACCGCAGAAUCUACCUGCUGGACAAUCUGGAUACUUUGGCGUUCAAUCAAAAGUCGGAGGUGUUCAAUCAACAUAUAUGAAAUGA